AUGAAGGAAGCUGCUGAGAAACUUGUCUACUACGAGGAUCUCUAUUCUAAAGAGGCUGCCGAAAUCGAAGCAAAAAAACAAAGCGCUUAUGCUUCACAAUCCUUCUACAAACCCGCUGAACCUAAAGUUAUGUUAGUCGUUAGAAUCAAGGGUGUUAACAAGCUUUGCCCACGUGUCAGAAAAAUUUUCCAGCUCUUCAGACUUUUCCAAAUUCACAACGCCGCUUUUGUUAGAAUUAACAAAGCCACUCUUCAAAUGUUGAAGCACAUCGAACCUUUCGUCGCAUGUGGAUACCCUUCCGUCGAAACCAUUAGAAAGUUAAUAUACAAGCGAGGUUACGUUCGUGACGGUAUGGCAGGAAAACAGUCUAGAAUUAGAAUUUCUAACAAUGAAAUCAUCACCAAAAAACUUGGCCACUUAGGUGUAACCUGUGUCGAAGACAUGGUUUACCAAAUCUACACUAGCGGUAAAGCUUUCAAAGAAGUCAACAACUUCUUGUGGACUUUCAAGUUGCGAUGCCCAAAAGGCGGUUUCGUCUGUAAAAGACACGGAUUUUCUGAAUUCCGUAGUGGUGACUGGGGUAACCGUGAAGAAUACAUCAACGAAUUGGUUCAACGAAUGAUUUAA